AGUCAAAAUAGCAAUCUUCAAGAAUGCGAACACUUUCCUUACUUAUAUUCAUUUUUCAGAGUAUUCAUGGAGAGAAUGUUCCUGAAUUGAAAAAUGAUGUAUCCGUGCAAAUACCGAAAACUUUGAUUCCUGUAGAUGUCUCAGACAACAGCACUAGGAAACAGUCUGAUUUAGAUUGGGGACCUCCCCUGUCUGAAAUUGAAAAAACAACAAGAAGUCGAAGUAUUUCUUCAGAAAAUCAAACAAUGUCCGACAUGAUGAAAGAUGGUUUACAAAGAGAAAAGAGGUUGGAUGGUAGAUCUAUCCAGAGGGGUUUAAAGUAUCGUUGGCCAAACUCUAUUAUUCCUUAUCUUAUUGAGAGCACGUUCACUGAAGAACACAGAGUUAUCAUUGCUUCUGGAAUUGAGAACGUGGAGAGCAACACCUGUAUCCGGUUUGUUCCUAAACAGGACUCAGAUAUUGAUUGGUUAGAAAUAUAUUCUACUGGUGCUAGUGGAUGUUUUGCUAAUUCCAGAUAUCUCGGUCCUGGACAUGGAAAGCAUGACAUUGGAUUAGAAAUCGGAUCUCCGCAAACGGGAACGUGUGUUGACAAGGGAGUAGUAGUACACGAGCUUCUACAUAUUCUGGGAGUAGCUCAUGAACAGCAGAGACCUGACAGGGAUUCUUAUGUUACAAUGAACUGGCCAAACAUCCAGGUUGCUAACGCGCACAACAUGUACAGAGACUCCUGGGAGACUGAAGAUCUAUCAACUGCAACAAUAUGUAACAACGAGGGGGUAAGCCAAGCUUCUGCAGAUUUCAGCAGUUGUGUGAGCGGAGAUACUGUAACAGAUUUCGGAGUCGGAUAUGAUUUCAAAUCUGUAAUGCACUACUCACUUGGCAGUUUUGCUGUGGACAGAAACCAGCCUGUGAUGAUCCCUAAGGAUUCAAGUAUCCAGGAUGCUGAUGUCGGGGGAAAUGAGUUGUCAGCUAAGGAUAUUCUUAAACUGCAGAGAGCUUACUUCUGUGAUGGUACCAUCAAAGCUACAUGUGGAGGGGCAUUUUUCUCAUCAACUGGAGGAUCUAUUUCUGGAGAUGCUAUAACUGGAACAAAUGAAUGUGAAUUUAUACUAAGCACUGAUCCUGGAAAGAAAAUAACUUUAACUCUAACUGCCCAGUUUGCUGGUACUUGUCUUACUGAUUAUUUGGAAGUUAGAAUUGGCAGAGAAAAGAACGGAUUACUGAUCGGGAAAUAUUGCCAGGGAACUCCUAUCCCUGCAACUCUUGAAUUUAAAACCAACGAAGUGUGGAUAAGAUGGGUCAAAACGGACUCUACUUUUAGCGGAACAUGGUCUGUUAGUGAUUUAACAUGUUCUUGCAACAAGAUCAUAAUUGAAAAGAGUGAUCUUAAGAUCUUGAAUGGAGCAUAUACAAAGAUUGAAGCUGUAAGAGGAGGAAAGCCAAUCUAUCAAAAAGAACAAUUUUAUUUGGUUUGGAGUGACACUAGACAUGAGUGGUAUAUUAGUCCUGACUACACUACGGAUUCGUACUAUGCAAUUAAUAAGGUUGCUUUUGGAUGUCCUGAAGACCUAAAAUCUGAAUGGGAGUAUUACAACUCAGACCUGGAUGCAACAGUACCUGAUACAGAUGCAUCAGCUAGAUGUAGUGACUGUUCCCUGUAUCCAGAAUAUGAGGAGUGCCAAACCUGUUCUUGCCAGGUUCUGAAGUUGGAUUUUAACUCCAACUUAGAUGGUCUUCUGAACAAAGUAGAUUUGACUAUUGGAGAUAGACCAGUGUAUCAGCAUCCGGAUUCUGGAAUCUAUCUAUUUUUCCACCCUGGCAUAAGCCAGUGGCUUUUUGGACCAGACAUUACUACAACAAAUUAUUAUUUUAGAAAUGAGAGAACUGAUCGUUGUCCAUCAGCUUUGGAUUCUGGAUGGAUCAAUUUUGAACUUGGAACUGUCAGCUGCAAUGAUGCAACAACCACGGCAGCUUCAACUACUUCCGCAGCUCCAACUACUGCAGCUCCAACUGCUGAACCUCCAACUACUGAACCUCCAACCACUGAACCUCCAACCAAUGAACCUCCAACUACUGAACCUCCAACUACUGAACCUCCAACUACAGAACCUCCAACUACUGAACCUCCAACUAAUGAACCUCCAACUACUGAACAUCCAAUUACUGAACCUCCAACUACUGAACCUCCAACUACUGAACCUCCAACUACUGAACCUCCAACUACUGCAGUUCCAACUACUGAACCUCCAACUACUGAACCUCCAACUACUGAACCUCCAACUACUGAACCUCCAACUACUAAACCUCCAACUACUGAACCUCCAACUACUGAACCUCCAACUACUGAACCUCCAACUACCGAACCUCCAACUACUGAACCUCCAACUACUGAACCUCCAACUAAUGAACGUCCAACUACUGAACCUCCAACUACUGUACCUCCAACUACUGAACCUCCAACUACUGAACAUCCAACUACUGAACCUCCAACUACUAUACCUCCAACUACUGAACCUCCAACUACUGAACCUCCAACUACUGAACCUCCAACCACUGAACCUACAACUACUGAACCUCCAACUACUGCCGUUCCAACUACUGAACCUCCCACUACUGAGCCUCCAACUACUGAACCUCCAACUACUGAUACUUUAAGUCCAUGUUUUCCGUGUAAAAAUGUUUUAAAUGGACCUCUCCAGGGACUUUAUACACUCCAGGAUGGAAGGGAUCCUAGGUGUAGUGAUGGAUGUGCUUACAAAGAUGUGAACGAGGAUAUUUUCUGCUUUCUACCUGGCAAAUAUUAUAUUCAGCCUACUUGCAACUAAAUAUUUAACAUGUUUUUUUCACAC